AUGGAGUGGAUGCGAAUGGGACAAAUUUUGAUGAUGUUGGUCUGUUUGCCGGCAUUUCUUUCUGCUUUUUUUCUCACUCAUCGUACCGUGAAACCCGACGAGCAUCCGCACACACCAAAUUACAUACGACUCCGCAAAAAUGAUGGACUGGCCUGUUCAUCAAAUGCUCUCGCAGCAAACGAGUGUGGCGCUGAGCCGAGCCUUGAAUGCCUCAAGGAAGUUUGCACUCGAUGUGCCGCUCCGGCUCUUGACCCUUACGCCUACUGCAUGCGGGUCACCGUUUGCGUGUGUGCGAUGUCGAGAGACCCAUCGUGUCACCGAGUCGUCGACGAGUGCUAC